AUGGCGAGGAUCAAUAAAACACCUGCUCCACCAACUCCUCAGGUGCGAGGAGACAAGGAAAGUGAGGAAUUGAUAAGUUCCAUUAUGCGCCAAGUUGGUGACAUGAUGAAUGCGCGAUUGGAGGCGCUUGAGGAGCGGCUUCUCCCAGAAAAGCGUGUCCGCCCUCCGCUGGCUGCUGAUGUGCGCAGAGAUGUAGUAAAUGAUGCAGACAUACUACGGCGGAAGUCUGAUACAAUUACGAAGGCUGACAAAUACGCCGUAAAAACAAGAAUAGGCAACAAGAAAAUUCCGGCGCUGGAAAUACAAAGAGGAAACAGAAAGGGAAAGGGACACGAAGGGAGAACAACAGAAAUGGCAACCAACCAGCCAACAGAAUCACGCCCUCAACCUCCUGAGUCCACGGAAGAAGGAUGGACCACAGUGAGAAGAGCAAACAGGCCGGCUGACCACGUACUGGGGAGCAAGAGGUGCUCGCCUCCAAAACAAAGAAGAAAGGGCGUUAUAGUGGGUGAAAGGACCCCGCCUACGCAACCUCAAAUGGAGGAGGCGAUGGCAGUCCAGUAA